UUCCAAAAGUAAGCCAGCAUGCUGUGUGAAAAACUCCUGUACCUGCUGUGAAGAGCAAAAUCCUGAAUAAACUGCUGGUGCUCUGUGCUACUAAUGCAAAUGAAGUAAAUCAAAAUCGUCGGUAGAAUUUUUGCGGAAAAAAUUCUGUAUUUGCCCAAAUUUCUAUGAAGCGCAUGAUGAGCGUACUGCGCAAAUACCAGAAGGAAGUUGGAUUGUUUUUAUUUAUGCUUGUACAUUAGCUGUUGAUUUUGUCGGUUAUAAAGUACGAUACCUGGGUAAUCGGUCAGCGAAACAUAUAAUGGAUUUCGACGAUAUUUUAGAAAAAGUUGGAUCCUUUGGGAAAUACCAGAAACUCAUCCUGUAUUUGGUUCUUUUUCCAGCAACCUUACCAUGUGGGUUUUUUGCUUUUAAUCAGUUACUUAUGUCCGGAAUGCCUCGGAAUUACUGGUGCCGAUUACCCGUCGAGAAUCUGACCCAAGAAGAGAUCUUCCGCCUGUUACCCAACAGCACCGAUCCGGACUCUCGUACACCCAAUGACAAAUGUCAAAUGUAUAAUGUUAAUUAUACGGACCCGACCCUGCUGCUGCAGUUACCCGGCAUAUUGUCCAAUGCCACGACCAUCCCGUGCACCAACGGCUGGGAAUACGAUCGCACCGAUUGGGAGUCGACCAUUGUGACGGAGUGGGAUUUGGUGUGCGAUAAGGAACUGUAUGUGACCUACGCCUACACGAUCAAUGGAGCGGGAGGCUUAUUGGCUAUGUUCUUGCUGGGUUAUGUGGCGGAUCAUUAUGGAAGGAAGAUAUCCUACUUCUUGACCUUUGGCAUGAUGAUGUUGGCAUCCAUCGCCACACCGUUUUCGCCUAAUUAUGCGUGGUUCUGUGUGUUCCGGUUUAUUGUUGGAGGCGGCAUUGGAUGGUCCUUCACGAUUCCAAUGAUGAUCGCCAUGGAAUUAAUUGGACCGGCCCCACGUGCUUUGAUGUCGGUGAUCGUCUCCGUAUACUACACCCUCAGUAUUCUGCUCAUUGGUGGUGUUUCAUAUUUCUUACCAUCCUGGAAACCCUUUGCACUGGUGUCCUCGCUUCCUCUAAUUAUUUUCAUCGGUUUCUACUGGGUUAUGCCGGAAUCUCCACGCUGGCUGCUCAGCCAGCGCCGCUACGAUGAAGUAGCACAGUUCUUCCGGAAGAUCGCCCGGGUCAAUAAGCGGCCACUGGAACCCGGCUUCGAUAAACGGCUACCGGAGAUUCUACGUCGUAUUGAUGAAGAUGCCCGCGCGGCGGAUGAGCGUGGUGAUCGGCGAUACACCACCUGGGAUCUCUUUCGCACACCGAAUAUGUGUAAAAAGACCCUGAUUCUGAUCUUUGCCAAUACGACCAACCUGGGUGUGUACAUCGGGUUGACCUUGUAUGGACCGUCUAUUAAUGAGAAUCCCCAUUGGAAUUACUUUCUAUCGGGUUUGGCGGAAAUGCCUGGAUAUUUAUUCACUACCAUUAUGGCCGAUCGGUUAGGCCGGAGGUUCACUUUGGUGGUCUGUAUGGUGUUUUCCGGAGCGGUGGGCAUCGCCGCCGCUGGAGUGCCGGUUACGUCCACUGGUAUUUUGAUGGGGCUGGUAUUUGCCUGCAAAUUUUCCAUCAGCAUAGCUUUUGUCCUGUCCGAGCUGCUGGAAGACGAACUUUUCCCUACGGUUGUGCGAGGAGAAGGCCACUCGGUGACCGCAUUUACUUCCAAUUUUUUCACGCUCGGAGUGCCCUUUAUGGUCUUUCUGGGCUACCAGUACAUGGUGUUGCCUCUGAUUUUGUUCGGAGCUAUUUGUCUGAUAGCGGCAUUUUUCUGUUUGUUUCUACCGGAAACCGUCAACAUGGAUCUCCCGCAGACGUUGGAAGACGGUGAAUUAAUGGGCAAGAACAUGCGAUGGGCGGAAGUAUUUUCCUUCAAGAUACCGUCCAAACGGCGCAACAUGGCAGCUCUUGAAGCAGAGGAAACAAACCCGCUGCAAAUUCCCAAAACCGGUCUCAAUGUGCGGACCAGUAUGGUUCUCGAUGUAGAUUUAGCAGAAGGCAAAGUUAUGGUGCAUGGGCGCCGGCUCGACAGCGAUGAUAUUCCGGAUGUGAUUGCAGACAUUAAAGUUUAGUUCCCUAUAAUUCAGCCGUAAUUUUUUCCGAGUACUUUUAUGCAUGGUCUCUAUAACACUGCAUUUUUAAACAAGUAAACGUAUUCCGCAAACGAUAACUGCAUUAUGCUUGUUCUCUUUACGCGCAACAGCUGAUUAAUAAUAAAUAAUCGUACUCCUGACCUUUGAACGAUACUACAAGAUGUAGUUUUCUUGUAUUAAUGAAUUUCUUAGCCCCAGUCACUUUGCAGAACUGAUAGCGUAAGCG